AUGUUUCAAACAACAAAUGUAACCUCUUCUGCGGUCCCAAAUGCUGCUGUCGUUCAUCCUAGUUUUCAAAUAAUGAAUACAUCAAAUAAUCAUCAUACACAUGUACCAUCUUCUACUACGACAAAUCCUUCAUGGCGUUUAACAACACCACCACCAUCAGUUGUUUCAAUAUUAAAUGGAAAUUCUUCAACAUUUUAUAUAGCAACACAAUCGUCAACAACAACGAGUAAUAUUAUUCGUCAAUCUACACAGACAGUACGUCAUAUAACACCAUCAUUUACAAUAAUCAAUAAUAGUAAUACAACAAUAAGUGGACAAAUGCCAAUAAUAUCAUCUUCAAAUAUUAAUUUACCAUCGGACACUUGUGUUGAUACAUCUAUUCUUGGACGAUUGACAACAUCAACAGUUCAACGGCAACAAACACCUUGUGAAAAUUUUGAAGAACAGACCUCUUCACUAGGGAAUGAUAUAGAUAUAGAACGUACUCAACAAGAUUCUGAAAUUGAAUUAUUUGUAAAUAAUAUUGUAUGUUCAUUUGCACUUGGUUGUAAAUUGAAUCUACGUAAAAUUGCGACGGAAGCUGCAAAUGUUAUUUAUAAACGUGAUCAUGCGGCAACCAACGUCUGGGCAUCGGGCAAAGUGAUAGUAACAGGAACAACGAGUGAGGAUGAUGCCCAACGUGCAGCACGACGUAUUGCUCGAUGUUUACAACGGCUUGGAUAUAAAACCAAAUUUCGAAAUUAUCGAAUUGUCAAUUGCCUUGCAACAUGUACAAUGCCAUGGCCAAUUGAUAUUAUUAAAUUAAGUCGAAUGUAUCCAGAAUGUGUCAGUUAUGAACCCGAAAUUCAUCCGGGUGCUACAGUCAGAUUAAACAAUAAAGUUGUUCUCAAAGUUUUUACGACUGGUAGUGUUACAUUGACAGCGCCGUCCGUCGACCUUAUCAAUACGGCAGUAAAUGAAUUUUAUCCAAAAUUAUAUGAAUGUCGAAAAAUAACAAUGUUUUUAAGAAAAUGUUUUGGACUUUCUAUAAUAGGAAAACAAUUUGGAACAUGUUUAUAUCGACGAUUAAGUAUGACACCAUUAUCGACCAGUAUAUCUUCUUCAAUUGAAUAUCAACCUAUUAGAAUUCGUAUACCUUUACCUCAACAAUUACCAUCCAAACAAACAGUUCCGAUGCCUGCUACACUUCCAGCGUCGAUAACAACAACAAAUACAAUAUCUAUAUUAGAUAAAUGUUCUUUACAUGAUGAUCUUCUUUAUUAUGAUUGUCCAUCGAUAACAAAUGAAAAAAUUCAAUGUGCUUGGACAUCAACAAAUUAUCGUUAUAAACGUCAAAGACGUGUACGUAAUCAUCCGAGUCGUUUAACAAAUACUGUUGCAUAUCGUUCACGUCGUAUGCGUUUACAUCAUAAAAAGAAAUGGUUAAAAAAGUUUAAAUAUGAUUUACUUAAAAAAUUACGUGAAAAAAUAAAACGUCGAGGUAAAUUAUAUGAUAUGGAAAAUUCAAUUAUACUUGGUAAAGCUGAACAAUUCAAUGCUGAACAUUAUGUCAAACGUGAAUUAGAAAAAGCAAGAUUUUAUGGUUAUCGUGUAUCACCUAUUUAUGAUCAAAUACGAGAUCAGAUAAACCAUCUUAAAAUAGAAUAG